GGUGCAGGUUUUUGUGUAUAUUUAGUCAUAAUGACUGCAUUAGGUGGUUUUAUGGAAUUUUUUCAGAAAGGAAAGACAUUUAGGCCGAAAAAAAAAUUUGCUCAUGGAACAUUACGAUAUUCAUUGCAUAAACAAGCACAAGCUUCAUUGAAUUCUGGAAUUAAUUUAAGAUCUGUUGUGAAAUUGCCUCCAGGAGAAGAUUUAAAUGAUUGGAUUGCAGUUCAUGUGGUAGAUUUUUUCAAUAGAAUAAAUCUAAUAUAUGGUACUGUGUCUGAGUAUUGUGACUCUGCGUCUUGCCCAACAAUGAGUGGUGGAUCCCGUUUUGAAUACUUAUGGGCAGAUGGUGAAAAAUAUAAAAGACCUACUGCAUUGCCAGCACCACAGUAUGUCAGUCUUCUCAUGGAUUGGAUUGAAGCACAAAUUAAUAAUGAAACCAUUUUUCCUGUAUCAACAGAUGUACCAUUUCCAAAAACGUUUGUUCCACUAUGUAGAAAAAUUUUGACACGUUUGUUCAGAGUUUUUGUUCAUGUGUACAUACAUCAUUUUGAUCGUAUUGUAGCAAUAGGAGCAGAGGCACAUGUGAAUACAUGUUAUAAACACUUCUAUUAUUUUGUAACAGAAUUUGAAUUAAUAAAUACAAAAGAAUUAGAACCACUAGCUGAAAUGACUGCUAAAGUUUGUAAAGAUACAGCAUCACCAACACAAACAACAGCACCAUCAAGUAAUGCUAGAUAGUGCUGAGCUUAUAACUGCAUGAAGUCAUAACCAAAUUAGGAUGAACCAAAUUCGUU